ACGACGGCACCCGGUUCAACACUACUGAACUCUUUCUUCAUCAUGUAAUGUAAGUAUCUCGAUCACUAAUUUUCACAACAAUUCAAUUUUAUUCGUUUCAUCCACAAUAAAAAAUCAAACCAUGGUUGAAGUUGAACAAGAUUUUUAUUUACCGGAUGAUUGUUGGGAACAUGUCUUGAAAUUCCUCAACGACGACGAUAAAGAAAACCGUCGCUACUUGAAAUCUGUCUCCGUCGUCUCAAAACGGUUCCUAUCUAUCACCAACCGUCUCCGAUCCUCUCUCACUAUCUGUAAACAAUUAAGCCCUUUUCUCACUGCCAUCUUCCAUAGAUUCCCCAACCUCACCUCCAUCAAAUUCUUGCGAUUAUGCGGCGACCGCAAUGCAAUUCUCUCUCAAAUCUCUUGUUUCCCAUUCAACAUCACAUCGCUCAAACUAAUAAGCCCACUCUUCAUUCCUGUAAAUGAGUUGCGAGCUUUCUCCCAAAAAAUUACAUCCUUGACGUCUCUCGAAUGUUCUCACAUGAAUUCUAUUAGUGUCACCGACUUGUCCCUCAUUGUGGACUGUUUCCCUUUGCUCGAAGAACUCCACCUUACCAGCAGUGCAAUAUUCUACGGUAACAUGCUCAAUGGGAUAGAGACUCUUUCGUUGGCACUAUCCAAACUCCGCAAGAUUAAUCUAUCUAAUCAUACUUACAUGAACGACCAAUCGGUUUUCCACUUGUUCAACAACUGUAAGCUUCUCGAAGAAGUCAUCAUAUUUGGUUGUUAUGGCAUAACAAAUGCCGGUAUUGCUUCUGCACUUCCCGUGAGGCCAACAUUGAGGUCUUUAUCCUUAACCAAUUAUGUUGAUAAUUGGACAACUUUGUUGGCCAUUGUUAGGAGUUGUCCUUCAAUUAGUGAUAUCAAAAUGGAAUACCCAGAGUUUAGGAAAAAGACUGUGGAUAAUUCUUAUUCUUUGAAGAAUUUUGUUGUAAGUCCUCAAUUAAAGUCUUUAUGCUUGGCUAGGAAUACAUGGUUGAAAGAUGAGAGCAUUUUAAUGUUUGCUUCCAGUUUCCCCAAUUUGCAGUUACUUGAUUUAAGUUAUUGCAAUCAGAUAUCUGAAAGUAUUUGUCAAGUUUUAAUGACAAGCUCUAAAAUUAGGCAUUUAAACUUACAACACUGCUCAAAAGUAAAGUUGCGUGGAUUGAACUUUGAACUUCCUAAAUUGGAGGUGUUGAACUUGUCACAUACUGAAGUUGAUAACGAAAGCAUUAUAACAUUUGCUUCUAGUUUCCCGAAUUUGCAGAUACUUGAUUUAAGUUAUUGCAAUCAGAUAUGUGAAGGUAUUUGUCAACUUUUAAGGUAUUGUUCUAAGAUUAGACAUUUGAACUUACACAGUUGCUUUAAAGUGAAGCUGCAUGGAUUGAACUGUGAAGUUCCCAAAUUAGAGGUGCUAAACUUGUCAAAUACAAGAAUUGAUAAUGAAGAACUCUCUGUGAUCUCAAAGAGUUUUCGUGGGCUUUUGGAACUGUCACUUGAAGUUUGUUCUUUUGUCACAAAAAGGGGAGUGAAUCAUGUGGUAGAAAACUGCACACAAUUGAGAGAGAUCAAUUUAAGGGGCUGCUAUAAAGUGCAUAAAAAUAUUGUUGCGUCAAUGAUAAGUUCAAGGCCAUCAUUGAAAAAGAUAGUUGUUCCACCUCGUUAUCGUUUCAACAACAACAAGAGGGAACAUUUCAUUGGUCAUAUUUGUCUUCUUCGCUAGUAUUAUGAAACUGUUCUGUUGUAGUUUGAUUUUUUUAAAUAAGUUGUUUCUUGUUUUCUGAUAUAUUUUUCU